UUGGCUCGUUCAUCCCUGUUUUACUUGAUAGGGCAAACGAGCUAAAAUAUGAUGCCUUCAUAAAAUGCUCAUUAAUGUAAUAAUAUAAGCAAGUUCGAGUCUUCUUUCUCUUGCACACAUUAGUGAAAGCUCUGGACAGCCUCAGCACUGCAUUGCACAGCUGACGAAUCCCUCCGCGCACACAGCAGGAAGUAGUUCCGUAUGAUUUAAUGUGGGGGCACCGCAGGUAACACAAAUUAAGCGUUCGCUUUAAUGCAUAAUAUUGAUUGUUUACAAAGCUUCUCACGAUAGGCUUUAAUAUUUGUUCGUAUCCCAAACAAACAGAUAUUAACCUCUAAAUAACGAAUGUUGUGAUGGAUUCCAAUUAAAAUUUUGUUUACAACCGAGAAAUCACAGAUAUGUAACUAAGAUGACCUUACAAGAAACGAGCCCUGCAUCGCUCGCUUAUUUAUUCCGAUGCCGGUAUAAUGGACUAUAUAAUUGACAUAGAAGUUAGUCGGGGAGAGGCGAACCAGGCGGAAGAUUAUCUCAGUAGUGAGAGGUUCUCAGGUCUCCCCGGCACAUACACGGAUAGGAUCUCUAUGCGGCCGAUGCUGUGAACCGGAGAGAAUGAGAAACGUGUGAAUAUCCACUCAAGUUUAUACGUAGUUGCAGCAACAUAAGGAAACGUGGCCAGAGUUGAUGUUUUAGAGCACUUGUCUGUCGCUCAGCAAAUUUGAAUAGGAAAGAAAGCAAGCCAGGUAGUGAACUGCUACUCGGACUCGUAACUAACGUUGUAAGGCAAAUGUUCAGCGACAGCUAGCCAACAACUGGAAUAGGGACAUAAGCGUGGCUCCACACAAAAGGACUCAGAUUGAGUGAGCGACUGUGCGAAGAGUGAGCCAUGCCAUCGGUGAUGGAGCGAUCGGGCUCUGGUGUACUGUCCCGAAGCAGGGCCAAAACCGUCACGAAUGGCAGCAGCCAGCACUCCGAGGACGAGAGCAGUGAUGAGGAACACCCACAUGACAGUAUGAUUCGCGUUGGCGGGGACUACCAGGCACAGAUCCCAGAAUAUAAACCAGACUGCGCAUCUCGCUUUAGUGAGAAGGACCAGAGGAGCAUGCUGGUGUGGUCCCCCAACAGCCGAGUGUCUGAUGCCAUGUUGGAUGAGUACAUUCUGCUGGCCAAAGAGAAGCAUGGGUACAACAUGGAACAGGGUCUUGGCAUGCUCCUGUGGCACAAGCAUGAUGUGGAGAAGUCACUGGCCGAUCUGGCCAACUUCACUCCCUUUCCUGAUGAGUGGACAUUGGAAGACAAAGUCCUCUUCGAACAGGCCUUCAGUUUCCACGGCAAGAGCUUCCAUCGCAUACAACAGAUGCUGCCUGACAAACUGAUCUCAUGUCUGGUGAAAUAUUACUAUUCAUGGAAGAAAACCAGAACCCGGACCAGCGUCAUGGACCGCCAAGCACGCAAGCUCCUCAGCAAAAGAGAAAAGGAUGAGAGUAAUGAUGAGAUAGAGGAAGGAGAUCCAGGCAGCGAUAGUGACUUUGAGGUUAACGCCAGGAAAGAGUCUGCAAAGCAGAACCCUGGAAAGGGAGGAGGAGGAGGGAGCGAUAAGGGCCCAAGCAAGACUGGUCCAAUACGGAAAGAGAACCAGGGUGCACAGUAUCGACACCAUCCUCUACGGGCUCGCCGGAGACCUCCUAAAGGGAUGUACCUGGAGCAGGAGGACAUUGUUGCCGUCUCGGCCUCCACUGACUCAGGAACUCUUACGAUUAGACAGGUGGACACACAGCUGGUGUCACUUAAGAGACAGGUCCAAAGUAUCAAACAAACCAACAGCCUGCUGAAGCACAACUUAAAUGAAGGAAUUGAUGGCGUGAGACCAGCAGAGCCCAACCAAAAAUUGAACUCACGUUGGUCAACUGAGGAACAGCUUCUGGCUGUUCAGGCUGUCCGGCGUUACGGCAAAGACUUUGCAGCCAUAGCUGACGUGAUUGGCAACAAGACUGUAGCACAGGUGAGCUCAUUCUUUGUGAGCUACCGAAGACGCUUCAAUCUUGAGGAGGUGCUGCGUGAAUGGCAGGCAGAACAGGAUGUGGUUCUGGGCAGCAGGGGGAGAACGGCAGACGUGGAGCUGAACGGGUCGACGGGAGUGGAAGAUGAUGAGGCGAGGAUGGAUUGUAUCUCUCCCCCUCACUCUGACAGUCCCCUCCCCUCCUCUGACACCAGUGUUACUGGGAACACCAACUCGGCCCAGUCUUCUCCACCUCUGGCUCAACCUCCACCUUUACUGCGCCCUGCUCCCCCCGCAGCGCCUCCCAGCCUGCUCCGGCAGCCUCCCCCAUUACAAACGCGACCUCUACAAACCCGGACGCCCCACAACCACCCUCCCCCUCCUCUUAUCAGACCGGCAGUGGCAUCCUCUCUCCACCAGGGGACACUGAGGAACUCUCUAGACUCCUCUACCGGACAGCUGCCGCCCUCUCUGGUGGGACUGAAGGUGGAAUCCACCCAGUCACACUAAUCGUGGUGUAGCUGUUGCCCUUUUACAAUGAUUUAGGAGUUUUAGUGACCCAUAUUCUUUGAUCAAUGGAGAAUUUACAAAGGUGGUUUGAAGUCCGUGUGAAAGGGCAAUGUUAAAGAGACAGAAUAAAAACAGAGGUGAACAGGAAGCAAAGCUGGGUUGGAAAUGCACCAAAACACAUUAGUGAGUUAGGUCAGAGAUGGCUAACAUGCAAAUCACAGAGGGAAUUAUGCAGUAUGAUCCCCUCUUCAGGACAGAAGGGACCCCUCAGUAUACAACCAUAUACAUAAAAGAACUCAGUCUUGCCAUAAACCUUACUGCCCCACACUCACCUGUCCUCAGGUUCUACUGUUAUACCUCAUUAACAAUCCCAAGCACAACUACAGCUAUUGAACACCAUCUGUCAUAGAAAGUUAAGCAACAACGUAGAGAAGUUUUAAUUUUAACCAAAAUUAAGAGGUGAAAAAACCUUAUACACUGGAUUGCUAUGGCAAUGGAAACUGUCAUGAGAACAGUCACGUGAGUUCCUUCCACCAUCUCUAUGGCAACAGCUGCACAUCAUCUAGUGUGUGUGUGACUACAUAGUGUUUUGAACCACACCUGGUAUCAGGAAACUGGGAAAUUGUGUUUACUCUCCCAUUGAAGAGCCAUGAUCAGAGAAGCGGACUGGCUGAAGCAGUUUUUCUUGUUUGUAAGAUUAGAUAUUGUUAGUUAGUGAAUUUAUGUAGUACUAGUUAAUAUUGACUAAGCACUCGAUGACGCAGAAUACUUGAUUGAUUUUGUUCCAACUCUGAAUACACUGAGUUUAUCUUGCUCUUAAAGGCACAAACGUGAGCCGUUGAAACACUAAUUAUGUCUGAAAACGCUUGCUUUUUUGGAGAAUUCUCGUUUCUUCCAAACGUUGUACGUGAGUACUGUUUACAUGUGAAAUGGAUUUAAUUGUGAUUAUUUUUGGUUGUUUUCAGAUUUUUUUCAAAAUAAAGAAAAAAUUACCAAAUGAGCAUGUUAGAUGUUGCAUACAAAACCCUAGUACAACUUGUUAUAGUGUAACAUCUAAGAUGUGGGGUGACAAAUUUCUAGCCACAAGUAAACUUGUCUAUUUGGUGUUUACGAUGCAGUUAUGUGGCCUGGGCUUUGGACCAAUUGUGUAUUUAUUUGUGGGUGGGACUUUCCACUAGGAAACCACAGAAAACAAGUAACAAAACUUGUAUGUUUAGUUCAUUACAGUGAGCUAUUGUAGAAUUUAAAGGAACGCUUCUUUUACAUUGCACCUGGUUAGCUAAA